AUGGAUAACGAGAAAACUACUAUGCUUGCGGUUCUACAACUGCUCAGAAAAUAUAAUCUGAAGGGAACAGAAGAACUAUUCAAAAAAGAGGCAAAUCUGACAGAUAUCUCUGCGGAUGAAACUCAGCAAACUGAUUCUGAAGUGAACAGUGUACUUUCUGCUUACAAAAGUGAAGGGGACCCUGCUCUCUAUGAGAAAGCAUAUAGUGAAUUAAAGAAAUUUGUUGAGGGGUCCUUAGAUAUAUACAAGCAUGAAUUGGGUACAAUUUUAUACCCAGUCUUGGUACACAUGUACCUUGAGUUGGUUUAUAAUAAUCAUUCUGAGGAAGCAAAACAAUUGUUGGAUAAAUUUGGUGGGAAUUUGGAGGAAUAUUAUCAGAAUGAUUUAAAAAGAUUAUCCAAUGUCACUAAACGUGAACAAAUGGCAGGAAACGAAUUAACUGACACUUUCAAGUAUGUACUAAUAAGCACUCUUAAUAAGAACUUAUCAUAUGAUAAUUAUACUAUAAAUAUUUAUAAAAUGUAUUGUAAAGAGAAGAAGCAUAGUGUGUUGUUAAAUAUUAUACAAGAACAUCUUUAUUUUGAUAUGUAUGAAGGAGUAGCAAGGAAUAAACAGCAGAUUGAUGCCACAUCAGGUGCAAUGGUCGGUGAGGCAACUAGGCAAGACAAUAAGGCAAAAGUAUAUUAUGGUCUUCUGAAAGAGCCAGAGAUUCAAUGUAUGCCUCCAACUGAAGAAGAAGAGGAUGAUACAGGUGGUGCAGAUGGAGAUAAACCAAAAAAGAAGAAAGCUAAAAAAGAUCCCCUUUUUUCUAAGAAAACUAAAUCAGAUCCAAAUGCACCACCUGUUGGCAGGAUGCCUUUACCCAAUUUAAAAGACGCAGAUAAAUUGGAAAAGGUAAAAGCAUUGAGAGAAGCGUCAAAACGCGUUGUACUUGGCCCAGACACUCUGCCGUCUAUAUGCUUUUACACGCUUCUAAACGCGGUUCAUAGUGUGACAGCGGCCGAAGUGGCGGAAGACUCGAGCUUACUAGCCACUGGAUUCAGUGAUUCUUGUAUAAAGGUGUGGAGCUUGGUUCCACAAAAAUUAAGACUGAUGAAGACAGGCGAGCAACUGCAGGACAUUGAUAGAGAAGCAGACGAUGUAUUAGUAAGAAUGAUGGACGAUCGCACAGCGGAAACAUCUAGGUCUUUAUUCGGCCACAAUGGUCCCAUAUACAGUUUAUCAUUUAGUCCAGACAGAAAUCUCCUUCUGUCAUCUUCAGAAGAUAGUACAGUGAGACUGUGGUCUCUACACACAUGGACGUGUGUUGUAUGUUACAAGGGACAUUUAUUCCCAGUGUGGUGUGUCAGAUUUUCUCCUCAUGGUUACUAUUUUGCAACUUCUUCUCACGAUAAAACAGCUAGACUCUGGGCUACCGAUUCUCAUCAACCUCUUCGAAUAUUUGCAGGCCAUUACUCGGAUGUAGAUGUAGUACAGUUUCAUCCAAACUCAAACUACGUAGCAACCGGUUCCAGUGACAUGACAGUAAGAUUAUGGGACUGCGUAACCGGCAGCCAAGUCAGAUUAAUGACAGGACACAAAGCCCCGAUUUACUCCCUUGCUUUUUCCGCAGAGGGUCGAUUUCUGGCAUCAGCCGGCGCGGAUCACCGCGUUUUAGUUUGGGAUUUAGCGCACGGGCAUCUUGUUGCUGCUUUAUCAAACCAUUCUGGUACCGUUCAUUGUUUAUCCUUUAGCAGGGAUGGAAAUAUAUUGGUCUCAGGAUCGUUAGACGCUACGAUAAAAUUAUGGGACUUUACGAAACUUGCGGAGGAAAUGAGUUUGGAGGACGUGAAUGUGUCCCACAAUCCAGAUGUAAAAACAAACGCGGAAACAUAUCUCCUUCGAACGUUCGCGACGAAGAACACACCAGUGUUAACAUUGCAUUUCUCACGAAGAAAUUUACUCUUAGGUGUUGGAAUGUUCGAAUCGACUUAACAAAUCUAGUCGUUCUCGACCAACGAAUGUUACUGAUGGGAUACGGUCUGGCAUCGGUUCGUCAUUGUUGUAAUAUAAGAACGUUUGUUAAUAAAGUUUUUCACAUUGAUCAUGCGACGUACCUGAAUUA